GUAUUCACGCAGAUUAAUUGUAACCUAGCAUCAGCAAAUUAUACCUAUAUUAGUUACCUUUUGUAUUAAAAAUGGCUAACUCUACUUGGGUUUCCUUCUGCAUUUUUUUCGCAGUAUUAACAACAAUUUUUGCCCAACAUGAUAUUAUUGCUCGGUUACAAAGUAUUAAUUUAGAUGAAGUGGUUAACAAUGACCGUUUGUUCAACAACUUUUACAAAUGCCUGACAGACGAAGGGCGAUGCUCCAAAGAUGCAAAAUCCGUUAAAAAUUUGACCAUCGAAAUUGUAAAAACGAAAUGUUCGCAAUGCACCGAUGACGAAAAAUCGCUAAUCAAAAAGAGUUUAGAUUUGGUAAAAAAGAGAAGGCCAGAACAAUUCAAAAUCUUAUCGGUCAAAUACGACCCUGAAGACGUAUUGGAUGAACUGAAAAAAUGAAUGUAUCUUAUACGUUUAGAAGGAUUCCCGAAUCAUGAAUCAUCGAGAAUCCAACCAUGAGUGUCAACAUGUAAUAAUUGACUAAAUAAUCACCAUUUUUCUGUGUUAUUUUGUUGUUUCCGAAAUAAAUAACUUCUCUUAU